AGUGAACCAAAACGUAACCAAAACCUAAACAAACAUCGAGGUACGAAAAUUGAUGAUCUGUUACGAAUUGGUUUUUUUUUUCAACAAAAAAAUAAUUUUAAUUAAUUUUUUAUCAGUAAAACAUUCAUUAAUAUUAAAAGUAUAUAAAAACAAAAACUUUUCAGGAGUUAAUUGAAAAUUUAAAUUAUUCUGUAAAUUAUUUGUCUGCUUCGAAGUUUACUUACUUUAAAUUAACCUCAAUAAUUUGUAACUGCAUUGUAGUUUAUUGUGAAUUUUUAUUGUUGAUUAAAUAUGUCAUCAGCAGAUGAUCCUUAUGCACAUGUUGCUAAAGGUGCAUUAAAAUUAAAAAAUACAGAAGCCAUCAGUAAAAAAAAAUCCCGAAAAAAAGAAAAUAAAAAAUUAGUUGAAGUCGCUAAAAUAGCCGAUGAAGAACAAACAAAACCUGUUGAAAUAAAGAGAACUAAAGCAGAGUUAGCAUUUUUGAAAAUGCAAGAAAAAAUGCAAACUGAAAGAAUUAAACAGAAGGCUUCAAAAACCCAUAAACAGCGAGUUGAAGAAUUUAACAGACAUUUAGACAGUCUUACCGAACAUUUCGAUAUACCUAAAGUCAGUUGGACUAAAUAGAUUAUUUUUAUUGUUAUAAGAAAGGAAAACUUAGUAAAAUAUCACAUAAGUUUGUCAUUGUAAUUAAUCAUUUAUUUUUUAAGGUAGAGUAUAAAAAAAAUAUUAAAAUAAAUUUAAUUUAAUUUUACA